UUUGAUUGGAAGCAAAACGUAUUCAUUAUUAAAGGAUUUACUUUUGCCAGAAAAGCCUGCAGACAAGAACUUUGAUGAAAUAGUAAGUACAUUACAGAAGCAUUUAAAUCCUAAACCACUAGAAAUAGCCGAACGGUUUCGUUUUUAUAAGAGAAAUCAGCAAGAAGGGGAGAGCAUUUUAAGUUAUAUAGCUGAGUUAAAGAAAUUAACCACACAUUGCAAUUUUGGAAAUAACUUGGAAGAAACCUUGCGCGACAGAUUGGUGUGUGGAUUAAGUAAUCAGCAAAUUCAGAAACGUCUCCUUGCAGAGUCAAAAUUAAAAUUCUCCAAAGCUGUUGACAUAGCAGUUGCUAUGGAAACAGCCACUCGAGAUGCUACAGAGAUCCACAGCAAGGGUAGAGAAGAAAAACCUCUUGGUCUUGACAAACUGACACUGAACAGACCCUCGAAUAGAUCAGAUAGGGGCCCACCUUCCCCUGUAGUGUGUUAUCGAUGUGGAGCUAAUACCCAUGUUGCAACUGAGUGUAGAUUUAAGAAAGAAGUCUGUCACAAGUGUGGAAAGAGAGGUCAUAUUCAAAGAGCUUGCCGGGCACAACAAAGCCAGGGGCCCGGUAGACCCUCGCCCAGAUCAAGAUACCAAAAAUCGACCAAUGCCAUAGAGACCGAACCAGAUGAGUAUGAACACUUGUUGAAUAACCUAGAAGUUCAUAAUGUAAACAAAUCAAACAGUGAUGUCAUAUGGGUUGACGUGAAAGUUGAAAAUCAACCACUAUCCAUGGAACUAGACACAGGAUCGGCCGUGUCCAUUUUGCCAUAUGACAUGUUCUUGGAAAGAUUUCGCGACAAGAAGUUAGAGAAAACAACCACCGUACUAAAGACCUAUACUGGUGAACUGAUCGUUCCAGUUGGUUGCCUUACCAUGCAAGUUGAAUACUUAGAUCAAUCAUGUCAAUUGCCAUUCCAUGUAGUCCAGACUAAGGGUCCAGUGUUAAUGGGUCGAGAUUGGCUUCACAAGCUUCGCCUCGACUGGAAAACCAUUAAGUUGUUGAAAUCCUCAGAUUCCAGCCAUAGAAACCCUGGCACGACUACACAAGAGAAGCUGAAAAACCUAUUGGAUACGUAUGCAGAGGUUUUUGAAGACAAGCUGGGAACUUUCAAAUCUGCCAAAGCAAGGAUAACCCUCAAAGAAGGUAGUCAACCACAGUUUCGCAAAGCUCGUCAGGUCCCAUAUUCCUUACGACCGAAAGUGGAGGAAGAACUGAAGAGACUUCAGAGCGAAGGUAUUUUGUCGAAAGUAGAGUGGAGUGAUUGGGCGACACCGAUUGUACCAGUGCCGAAACAAGAUGGUUCAGUCCGUAUUUGUGGUGACUUCAAAGGUACUAUUAACCCAACACUACAAGCAGAACAGUAUCCUCUGCCUCGAAUCGAAGAUAUCUUUGCCCAUUUAGCUGGUGGGAAAAAGUUUUCCAAGAUCGACCUCCGCCAAGCUUACCAUCAGAUUGAGCUGGAGGAAGAAUCCAAGAAGUACCUUACAAUUAAUACGUCCAUGGGCUUGUUUCAAUACAAUCGAUUGGUGUUUGGUAUUACCUCAGCUCCCGCCAUUUGGCAGCGUACCAUGGAUCAGAUUCUGGAAGGAACUUCUGGUAUUAGUUGUAUCCUAGAUGAUAUGAUUGUGACGGGUAAAAGCGACGCAGAGCAUAUGGCUAACCUGGAGGAGGUCCUUCGACGGCUGCACCACCAUGGGUUAAGAGCCAAUAAAUCGAAGUGUGAGUUCUUCAAAGAAAAGAUCACGUUCUGUGGCCACGACAUUAAUAGUGAAGGCCUGCACAAGACCACCGACAAGACAGCUGCAAUGGUGAAUGCCCCUCGCCCCCAGAGUGUUGCAGAGGUACGCUCCUUCCUGGGAUUGGUGAACUAUUACCACAAAUUCCUGCCAAACCUUGCUACAAUCUUGCAUCCAUUGAACCAAAUGCUGGAAAGUAACUACCAAUGGAACUGGACAGAUCAAUGCGAAGAAGCCUUUUGCAAAGUUAAAGCAAUGAUUGUUUCAGAUCUGGUGCUUACACAUUAUGAUCCUAACCUUCCCUUACAACUGGCUUGUGAUGCUUCACCUGUAGGAAUUGGAGCGGUACUGUCCCAUGUCAUGACAGACGGCACAGAGCGCCCGAUAGCGUUUGCAUCGAGAUCCCUGUCGAAGGCGGAGCGCAACUACGCACAGAUAGAUAAAGAAGCACUGCUACAGUGUGGGGAGUCAAGAAAUUCCACAAUUACCUUUUCGGUAGGAACUUUACCUUACUGACUGAUCAUGAGCCUCUCACUUCAAUCUUUCAUCCCAGCAAAAGCCUUCCUGUUGUCACUGCUGCUAGAUUACAACGCUACGCUUUGUUCUUGGCGGGUUUUGACUAUACAAUUAGAUACAAGAACACUAAGUUACACGGGAAUGCGGAUGGUUUGUCUCGAUUACCCUUGCAUAGUGAGACAACAGAAGAAGAGCCAGAUCCAGUGGGCCUCUUCUAUGCCACGCAGUUUGAGCCUUUGCCAGUCACAGCAGAACAGGUCAAACGAGAAACACAGAGAGAUCCUCUAUUGGCGAAGGUCCAUGAGUUGGUUAUGAAAGGAUGGUCCACUCCACAAGAUGAAGCGAUUAAACCGUUUUACCAGCGGAAAGACGAACUGACAGUUCACUGUGGUGUCCUAAUGCUUGGACACAGAGCAGUCAUUCCUGCAAAGUUGCGUAAUCAAGUGUUAACCGAGCUUCACGAAGGUCACCUCGGUAUUGUUAAAAUGAAGUCUCUGGCGCGAAGUUACAUCUGGUGGCCCAAAAUUGAUAAGGACAUUGAGCACCUAGCCAAGAGCUGCCCUGGUUGUCAACUUCAACAGAAUGAAGCCGGCAAAGUACCACUACACCCUUGGGAAUGGCCAACCACACCUUGGCAGAGAAUCCAUUUAGAUUUUGCUGGGCCGUUCCUAGGACGAAUGUUCCUUAUCAUUGUAGAUGCACACUCGAAGUGGCCUGAAGUGGAAAUAAUGCCAUCCACCACAUCGACGCAGACCAUUGACCGACUCCGAACUAUUUUUGCCCGAUAUGGAGUGCCAGCACAGGUGGUGACCGACAAUGGGCCACAAUUUACAUCCGCAGAGUUCCAACUAUUUUUGAAGACUAAUGGUAUCAAGCAUAUUACCACGGCCCCAUUCCACCCUGCAACCAACGGUCAAGCGGAACGUUUUGUUCAGAGUUUCAAACAUGCUAUGAAAUGCGAGAAACAAAGUGCAUCCCAGCUGAAAACCAAUAUGGCAAAGUUCCUUUUGGCUUACCGGAAUACCCCGCAUUCGACGACUGGAGAAUCACCGUCCGUGUUGUUUUUGGGCAGACCGCUACGGACUCGCCUCGAUUUGGUGAAACCUGAUUUACAAAGGAAAGUGAUGAACAGGCAAAUCGAUCAAGCGGGGAGGAAAGGACAUUCCCCCACACGUCAGUUAUCCAUUGGUCAGACUGUCAUGGCACGUAACUACAGUGGGAAAGACAAGUGGCUACCAGGCAUAGUUCGAGCUCAAACGGGACCCCUUUCGUACGAGAUAAAAGUUGGUCCAAAUCGAAUUUGGCGACGUCACAUCGACCAGCUUCGAGCCUCGAGUGUGAAAGUAAAUGACCAGAGUGAUGAUACGGCUGAUCCUCAUCCAGAGCUCGGAGAGACUGGCCAGAAUAUUGCACCAGCAGAAGAAAUUGUCGCAGAGCCGGAUAUCGAACUAGCCACGAAUCCACCAGUAGUGCAACAACAAGAAGCCGGUAGGGCUACAACAGGAUCUGAACAACGCUACCCAACUAGAUCACACCAACCACCCGAGAGGUGGGGUCUUAACUGUUUGAUCCGAAAACUGUUUAAGAAAACUACAUAGAGAACUGCUUUAUUACUUACUGUUAUGGUUAGCAUAAUUGUUCGAACACGAUAGUGAACUCAUGAACUAUAUUUUAUGAUACAUUCCUUAAGAGGAGAGAUGGUGUUAGAUAUAUAGAUAUAGACGGACAGCGGUCAUACGCACGGACAUGCGCAUUAGAUAUGUAGAUCGGCCAUGCUUAUGUAUUAUUCAUAUUUUGUUAAAAGUAUAAUCUAAAUACACGACAUAUAUGAUUUAACGAUUGCUUAAAUUUGGUAUGUGGUUGACAAAUGCUUUUUGCCUAUGGUCUGCAUGGACAAUGACAUGCUUUUCUGUGUAUAUAAAUGAAUAUAGCGCAGCGAAUGCGCCAAACAGUAUAAACGCGGCUGAAAUACGAUAUUAAAAUCUUAAAUGUGCCGUAUGAUUUAAUUAUGUUUUAGGAUUUACAAAUGCUUUGUCAUUUGUAUUUAUACUUGUACUGCAUCACAAGACAGUACGUAAGUGAAAAAAUUCGACAUGUGAGAUUGUCUUGUAUACAUUUUUGCUUUCUUUGAUAAACAUUAUUAAACACGCAAAUUUUAAUUAGUGAGACGCAAUGUUAAAUGUCACCUGCAUGUCAUUGUCAUUGCCCUUUAACCCCUGGUCUAAUUGGCCGCUUUUGAAAAUGUUGAUCAUGACGAACCGCACUGCCUUAAUUAUGCAAACUUUGUGUUUUAAAAACGGGUUAGGAUAAAACGCGGAUACGGACGGACGGAUGAAUGACGGACGGACGGAUGGCGACGGACGGACCGGACGGAUGACAUAUAUAUGUCAUUAUAUAGUUUGCGCGCAGCCGCGCAGGGUAGUUAGUGGCUUACGUCUUCGCUGGUUGUUAUACUUUAAAAUAAUUUUGUAUAUACCAAGAAAUCAAUAUUCCGAGUAUAUAAAUAUAUAAACUGGGAUGUCACACUGAUAGCUUGUUUACAUUUCCUGGAGCAUCAAAUCUUAUGUUUAUAAACCACAGCGGUUUAACCCAUUAGCUGGCAAUGCGCCCUUCCCUUGUCCAACGCCAGAAGAUUUUACUCGUCAGUGGUAUAGGGUACUGCCAGUAAAUGGGUUAACAAACCUAUCUGCCAAUGGCUCUUGUUAAUUCAUCAACACAGUAAUGACCCCUACUUUAGUAGUUACCCUGUCCAACGCCAGACGAUUUUUAAUACUCAGUCAGUGGUAGGAUGUUUCUGAAGAACUCGUUCAACACCCUGUAGUUUGUCUUUUGCUGUCAAAGGCAGCAUUACUGCCCUGUGGGUAACCUAGUUCAAUUUAUAGGCGUGCGGGUCGUCAUGAAAUACCUUCCUGGAUAACAACAACAUAAUUGUAAAAAAUCAAUCAGGUUUCCGUCGCAAUCACUCAACCGAAAACUCGUUACUACAAUCUACUGAAAUGUGGUUGAAAUCAAUGGGCCAGGGUAAAAUAAAUGGGGUUAUUUUCUUAGACCUGAAAAAAGCAUUUGAUACGAUUGAUCACCAAUUUUCUAUUGUCAAAACUACAAGCUUAUGGGAUACGCGACCACACGCUCAAAUGGUUCCAAUCCAGCCUAGUCCCAGUCGUUCUGAAGCAAGCGCGAGAAAAACGUGGAUGUAGUACGAGAUUGGGACCUAGGUGUGACGUCACCGCUAAAGGUGCUUCAGAACGCCUAGCAGAUUUCAGUAUUUUUAAUAUGGCGGAAAAUUUAUAUAUACAAAUAACCUUGUAUAAAUACGACAAUGUUCGUUGAUCAUGUUCGAUGUCUCCAUAACCAAAUUCAAACUGUAUUAAUUUAAAAAUGUGCUCAAUUAAAAAAUAUAUACAAAUUUACGAUACCGAGUCUGAGCAAUGAUCGUAUAAUCAUUGAUGAUAUUUAUACUCGCAAGUUGUGAUCAACACUAGACCAUGAUACUGGUAUACACAACUACGCUUCUAGUUGACAGUUUUAAGUAGCUGAGGAGAUUGGAAAUAUUUGCCUGACAUGACUGUGUUGUCAAAACAUUUUUAGUCGGAGACUCAGCAUAAUUUUCAAGCUUCUAGAUAUCAUUUAAUAUGGCUUUAUAUUUUAGUAAACACGAGUCAUAUUUAGCCCGUUAUUCCAUUCUGACCGUAUGGUAGCGAAACGUAGCCUAUUUCAUUGUUCCGACAGCAUUAGAGCAGAACUAAUGACUUAAUUAUAAACGCAAAGGAAAUUUCCAUAACAUUUUCUAUUUACAAAUGCGGUAUGCUUGGUAACCAGGCCAGGGACCACUUUUUUGAAAUCAGGGACCAUUUUACCGAAAUCUGCUAGGCUCUCUCGCUGAAGCGUUCCGCACAGCACACCCAGGCAUAAAACUUUUAAGACUUAUUUAAAUAUAUCAAAGCAGCGAAUAGAGAGAGAGCCUGGGACUAGGCUGGUUCCAAUCGUAUUUAGAUCAAAGAAAGCAAAUUUGCAUGCUAAAUAACUGUAAAUCUGAUAUUGAAACAAUUCGUUGUGGAGUACCUCAGGGUUCAAAUCUUGGACCUCUAUUAUUUCUCAUUUACAUAAACGACCUCCCAAACUGCGUAGAAACAACACAUUCUAAUUUAUUUGCUGAUGACACAAUUUUAUCAUGUCAAGGGCAUUUAUCCAUAGAUAUUGAAUACAAACUUAACAAAGACCUAGUAAAUGCUCAAAAAUGGUUAUCAGCGAAUAAACUAACAUUAAACAACGAAAAAAACAAAUAUAUGAUUAUUGGAUCUCGGCAACGAUUGAAAAACUUAGAUCACGUGCCAAAAAUCAGUAUAAACGGAUAUCAAAUUGAACGAGUUUAUAAAAAGGAAGCUUUGGGUAUAGUUAUAGACGAUAGACUUAGCUGGAAUAGGCAAAAUGAAGAACAAUGCAACAAGAUAUCAAAAAAUAUUAAUCUUUUAAGAAAAGCCAAAGAUUUUGUUGGCCUAGAUACGCUCAAAAUUAUGUAUAACGCAUUAGUCGCGCCUCAUUUUAAUUACUGUUCAACUGUUUGGCAAAAUAACAACCAAACACACUUAGACAAAUUAUAUAAGCUUCAGAAACGAGCAGCAAGAAUAAUAACAAAUUCGGACUAUACUAUAAGAUCUUCGGACAUUUUUCAAAAACUUAGCUGGAAACCUCUUGACUUAAUUUUGAAAAAGCGAGAUCUCCUUAUGACAUUUAAAGCGAUUAAUGGCAUGCUUCCAGAAUAUGUAACACAACUAUUUCACACUUGUGAAAACAAUGGUUACGUACUGCGCAGUAGUAAUUUAAAGCUGUCUCAACCUAAACCAAAAACGAAUUUCUUGAAAAAUAGCUUUUCGUACAGAGGAGCAGCGUAUUGGAACAACAUCCCAGUAAACUUGUUGAAAAGCCUAAGAGAAUCAACAAGUUUAAAAUCUGUCCAUCAUCUAUUAAAUAAUUACAUCUUGUAAAUAAGUAAAUAAGUAUAUUUUGUAAAUAAGUAUAAUUUAGUUUAUUAGUUCCUUCUUUUAUAAUGCAUUUAUUUUCCGCACGGCCCUUUGAAAAUCACCUAUGUGAAAGGUUACCGUGUUUAAAGAUCAAUAAUAAUGAUAAUAAUAAUAAUAUCCUUUUUUCUUAAAAUUUUAUUGAAGGGAAUAUUUUAAUUUGUGACGUUUUUGAAAUUUUCUAAGAAACGUAAUUCCAUAGAAUUUUUUAAAAUUGAAGAAAAAAAUCAUCAAGGGGAUUUUUAAAAUCAAGGGGAUUUUUAAAACAGCCGGAAAAAGACAAAUUUUGAGCUUAAUUAUCCUAAGCACGCUGUCAUUAUGGUAACGGACUUCAGCGCAAAAGUAGCAAAUUGCAAUGUUCAGGAGAGCAUUGUCAAUGUGUCCAAUAAAUUUCGUCUUCGUGUCAUAUAAAGUGAAGAAACAGGAGUUUUCUGGAUACAAAAGUGUAGUAUAAUGCAAAAACCCUAGGGAGCCACCUUAAAACAGUUUUUAUUAUUAUUUUAUGACUUUUAAACACAGAAUCACUGGUGGUCACUCGUGGUCAUUCGUGGUCACUCGUGGUCACUCGUGGUCAUUCAUGGUUACUCGUGGUCACUCGUGUGUACUUUUAGACAAGACCGCUUGCUCUUGCGGUUCUGACGCGCGCAUAUAUGGGCUUGUUAUGUCGCGCUUCUGUAAUUUAAUUGGCUAAUCAUGUUUUUUCGUUCAAGGGUGAUUUAUACUUAGGGGCCACAUCCAUAAUCAUGUUGCCACGCAUAACGUUGAAUGAACGUUAUUGUUUGUACCCACCCACCUCAGAUAACGCCGAGCGUGGCAUAGUCAUAUUCUGACUGUGAAAAAUGUCACAAAUAAUAUAUAAAUAAUCAAUCAAUUUAUCUUAAAGAUGUAUUAAAACCCUAAAGUCAAAAUAAAACAUGCACAAAUUUGCUGGCACCAAAACAAUGGCAUAUACAACCAUGUUAACUGAAUUUGGAUGUGGUCCCUUAUAGUAGACGCACUGUGACUGUAAUAACCAGGCUGAAACCAUUCUCUGAUUCUCGUACCCAGAGCCCUUCUUACGCGCGUUCGACCGAGCGCGACGAGGGGCUCUGGCCAAAUCCAUAACUGGAUACCAUAAAAACAUGGUAAGAAAACAAUAUCCGGUAUUAGAACUAUGGCCAUCAGAUGCCAGUUUGAUAUGGAUUUGGCCAGUGCCCCUCGUCGCGCUCGGUCGAACGCGAGUAAGAAGGGCUCUGGGUACGAGAAUGGGCUGAUACAAAACAAUAGUCAAUUGAAAACCUGAAAAGUCUGGGACUAGGCAGGGAUUUUAAUAUUUCACAAGUGUUAAAAUUCAGGUUAAUUAAAAAUGUUGUUCAAUUGUGAAAUUUAAAUUAAAUAUAUUAUCUAAACUGAGUUAAAUCCCAGUUAUUAUAAUACCCGGUAUAUGCCCUGGGAUGACGAAAUAAAACUAAAUGGGUUAAAUAAAACUCAAAAUAUAAAACUAAAUCCGCGGCUGUGUCGUUGAGUGAGCUUCGAGAAGGACAUCUAUCGUCUACUAACGUUGAAGAAUUUAAUUCCAACGUCCAGCCAGGCCUUGUUAACAACUUCGACCCUUAGAAUACCCGUUAUGACGUAUUUUAUGAAAAAUACAUCGUAAUAAAGACUUCAUUUCAUGAUAGUCCUUUACGUUGCUUUAUUCACACUUCUUGUAUUGUUUUGAACUCAUUUACUAACUCGAACACCACAUUUUCCUUCCCUAACCCCUCCCUCCACAAGUCCCAAUUGUUAUCUCCCAAAAUCUGGGCCGUGGACACGUGGCCAGCCUGGACCAGGAUCGUUCCUCCAGCGACGAGCGUAGUGGAAAGAGCCUGGGUACGAGGUUGAAGUGUGAUUUUUCAUUAAUACUUUGAGAACAAGUGUAAUAUCCUAUUAAUAUCAUUUUAUAUAGUCCAUUUUACACGAGUAGUCAAUCAUAAGAAACAUUUAUAGUCAAGGGAGCACGGCCAUACGCGCCUAUGUCCGAUUCCAGUAACAUCAGGAGUGCCACAGUGGUCCAUCCUCGGUCCAUUAUUGUUCCUUCUAUAAGAGAAUUAACUCUCCAACUCCGUGACCAAUUCAAGGAUUGCUAUAUUCGCGGACGAUUCCAUGCCAAGAUCUUCAAGACCAUCAAUUCGAUCUCUGAUGCAUCUGCUCUACAGAAUGAUCUGUCAAACUUCCAAGAAAGCUCAAGCAGUGUCAAUCUCGAAUUGAAUCAGUAACACCAAAUGCAAGGUCUUAAGAGUCACCCGAAAGCACAAUAAAAUUACUUAUCCAUACAAGCUCAACGAUACCAUCUUAGAAUGCACGGAUUGUGAACGAGAUCUUGGAGUUCUAACAUCUACCCUGACUAAUUGGUCUAAAUAAGUUAACCACCUGUGCAACAAAGCUUAAACAUCAAAGAUAUCAUGGUUCGUCGCAGACUAUAUUUAUGGGGGGCCCUUUAUGUGUUGUUCAUUCCCAGCUCUGCUAUGGAUCUCAAAUUUGGGCACCACAAUCAGUGACCUUAAUCAAACACGCGGAAAGACUUCAAAGAAGCGCAACAAAGUACAUCCAUUAAUGUUUAAUCGGCAUGGAUUUUAACCAAUCAGAAUCGAGUAAAUUGACUAAAAUGAUAUUAAGCAGGUAAAUAGCUUACGUUCUAUCCACCCAAUUAUUUUGAAAUUUGAAAAAGUGGAAAUUUUACAAAUAUCACGCGUACAUGAUCUAUACAAAUAAGGGAAUGCUAUUGGAUAAGGUUUUGUGUGACGUAAUUCCAUGCGUCUGUCCUCUAAUAGUAUUAAUAGAUCAUGGCUCUCGACCAAUGAAAACGCUUGAAUUCUUAACGUUAUUAUAUAAAUCAAUGUCGCUGACUAAAUGACUAAAGGUUUGUUGAAAUGUACUGCAAACAAAUUUAUUUUAAAAGCCUUGUUUGCACACUGACCUCAUUUAGUUAAGCCAGAUUGACAGUACAUAUAGGGGAGCAUGCAGCGAUGGGACGUCCUCGCAGUUUUCUGCUGAGACAAAUCCGAAAAUCAACAUAACAGUGUUGCAAUCCACAGAAAUAAAAUACACACAGAACUUCCCGCCAGCUAGAAUCUAAUUGGGCAGCAGAAUAUAUAAAAACACUCAGUCUUGCUCACAAUUUUCAUUUCACCUCUGAACAUGCACUGCUGGAAGAACGGUUAUACAAAUUUCUUUAAAAAGCCAGGCUCCGAAGAAUCAACAUAUUGAACCAUGAAAUCUGUUGUGUUCUUAUCGCUCAUGAUUUUCUUCAGUGCUCUACCCACGUACAGUCAACAAACAUUUCGCAGGAGAGGACCAACAUUGCUAUCAGAUCGAAAUGCCAAAGUUUACAAAAGUAAGUUAUUGAGUACUUGGUGGAAAUUUUUACUUUUACAAUUGUUGCAAGACUGAGAGGCUCUGGUCCAGUGCCCUUCUCCAGUCUAAAUUUGACAUCCCAAGUUUGUUUGGGUUUUACAGUGAUUUUAUGCCGCCGUAAUUAUAGUGUAUACUUUGUUCUUCCGACCAACGAAACCAGAUACAUACAGUAGAAGAUUGCAUAUAUGUAAUUAUAUGCUGAAUUGCAUUUUCUAGAACUGCAAAACAUCCCUUCUCCACAACAUACCGCACAGAAGAUCUUGAGCAAUUCCAUAGGCUUUCAUCCAGGAAGAGUAGGGAAAAGAGGGAUUGCUGUAGAAGAUAUUGUCAUUGUUAUGGAUGGAUCAAGGUCAGUCGGUCAAUGCGGAUUUAAUGAAGGACUAAAGGCGUUGACCCAAGUGAUAGGAAUGUGGGAGGCAAACGGAAAGAGGAGGUACUAUACUAGCUGCCGAUAUGCUGCAGUCACCUUUUCGUCCGAAGCAAGAGUCAAUUUCAAAUUUCUACCUUCCGCACAAGCAAGUCAAAAAAUGAGCGCAAUCACCUAUCCUUCGAAUUCUGGCGGUAGAAAUACACAAGCAGGAUUGGCAGAAGCAGAGAAACUAUUCCUAUCAGGUUGGUGGUCAUUACACAAAAGUUCAGUGUAGUUCCAGGUUUUUCCCAAUGAAUGGUUCAAUAUAGGUAUUUUUAGUACAGUUUUGCACUCAGUCUGCUUCUGCAGUGCUAGUGUAUCCUUUUGUGGAAGGGAAUCAGGGGCCGCGGAACCGGGGAGCAUUGGGGGCAUGUGCCCCCCACUUUUUUUUGAAGUAAAAGAAGUGCCCUUUUUUCUUGGGCUAAAGUGCCCCUGAUUUAAAGAAGAAAAAAGUAUCUCUUGCAUGAACGUCCUCUUUUUCUGGAAAGAAAGUGCCCUUUUUGCUGUUAUAGAAACUCCAUAUUUUCAAAAAUUUUCGUUCGGCUCGUGAACGACAAAAUCGUUUGAUUUUGGUCAUAUACAAAAUGCCCUUUUUUCGAAAUGCUUCCGCGUGUGCAUCAUUUUGUCGAAGGGGAUAUAUUGUUGGGAUGGCCUAAAUAGUCUUACUGAUACAGGCCCUUGAUCUUAUUAUAUUGGUUACGUUGUUUGAGUACUAUUUUUUGGUAAACUUCCUGUGCAGUUUUACUAGGAAUAUUUAAUCGAAACAUGCAUGCAUUUAUGCUACGCAUAAAUUGCAAUGCACUCUAGUCCAGGCGAAUGACUAUGACUGUUCGUCUGUUCCAUACCGCAGAUAAUUUUUCGUUUUUCCAUAUUUCCAGUAGAAAUGUAGAAUUCGAUAUCAAGUCACUUUUGCCUAAAAUAUCGUUCGAAUUUUGUUUGUAUAGGUAAUCACACGGGAAUGAGUGCAAUUAAUGAUUAACACUACGAGUAAUAUUUGAAAAAUAUGCCAAAAUUGCACGAGCCGCCGAUUAUUUAUUUAUCAUAUGCAUGACAAAAUCGUUUCGGUUUCGCUGCAUCGCGCCGAGAUUAUUUCUUAAAACUGUUUCCAGGUAUUUUCCACAGGCUCUCUUUGCCAUAUCAUGUUUUUUAAACUCAUUCUUGUACCAAAAUUUAGUUAAAUUCGUUCACGUUUGUUAUUGAUACAAGAUAAAUUUCGCCGCCAUAUUGGACUUUUCCGUUCGCAGGUUUAAUAAGUUGGAUUUCCAACGUGAGUUCUACGCAUGCUCGGCAAUUGUUGCAAAAUAUAAACAAAGUAUUUAGAAUUUCUUGUCGAAAUUUUGAUACUUUUUACAACUGAUAUUGAAUUGAAAACAACUAGAAAUUCUGGGGGAAAGCUUCGGAUUGAUAGGGGUACAACUACCUGAAAAAUACAAGGAGAACUUCGACGUUUCGAGCGAAGGCGCUUCGACAUGUACUGUUAGUGUUUGUAUACAUCGUACUUUACCUUUACUGAUAAAUAUAAUCACCUCAAAUCCUCAAUAAUGAGUAUAAUAUAUAUGUGCUUUAAAAUUUACAUUUAACUCUCCUGUCAGAAUUUAUGGUAUACGUAGUGUUAGGUACGGCAGUAUAAAAGGUCAAGUACGAUGUAUACAAACACUAACACCACAAGUCAUCGCUCGAAACGUCGAUGUUCUCCUUGUAUUUUUCAUGUAGUUGUAUCCCUGUCAAUCCGAAGCUUUCGUACAUAUUUUCUCCAGAAUUUCUAGUUGUUUUCAAUCGAUUUCAGCGUAAAAAGUAUCAAAUUUUCGACGAGAAAUUCCAAAUACUUUGUUAAUUUGUUUAUAUUUUGCAACUUGUCAAGAAUGCGUAGAACUCACGUUGGAAAUCCAACGUAUUAUCUGCCGUUAUGGCAUCACAGGCCUGAAUUUAUUAAUUAAACUUCAGUUGAAACUGACUGUAAUUAAGUAAUGGUCGUCAAUUAUGUUAUAUGUUUCUUUUAUUAAGGAGGCCGACGCUUUUCAAAAUUAAAGGUUCUUCUCAUGACUGAUGGACAGUCGAAUAUAGAUAAAUCUCUAACAAUACCCAAUGCUAAGAAGCUCAAGGAUAUGGGUGCGGAAAUUUUUGUUGUUGCAGUCGGUGACCAUAUGUAUGGAAUAGAUGAAAUGGCUAAAGUGGCUUCAUAUCCACCAGAGAAAUACAUUUACCGAGUUAAGACAAACAGCGGCCUUCUAUACGUUUUCGAAUUGGCUCUUGAGAAAGUGAGAAGUGGUUACAAGGCAAAACCGUACGCAUCUCCAUGUCGUUGA